AUGGAUACCGGUUCUUCGGCAUUAACUGGCUCGAAAUUGAGGACUGCUUGCGACCUAUGUCGCCUUCGUAAGAUCCGCUGCGAUCGAGCUCAGCCUGCCUGUGAAAAUUGUCACAUAGCGAGACACCCUUGCAUAUUCACCCCGCAAUCCAAUCAAACACGGAAAGGCCUCCGCGAUGAACUCUCCGCCACCCAGGCACGCGUGCGGGAGCUUGAAGACGCUCUGAAGAGAACUCAAAACUCCGCAUGUCAACCUUCUGACAGCCAGCCAUCAAAUGUCACUAGCCAAGAUCUUUCUCUACAGCCACAUGGUCAGCCACCGCCAUUUAACUUGGAUGUGAGCUUCAUACCUGACACGCGGCCUCUUGAAGCCGCCAUUUCGGUAAUUCGGUCACAUCUCUCACACUGCGGCCUUGGGACCCCUGAUUCAUCCAUAAGAGCAGACUUUUACUCCGCUGUCUAUCAAAAAACCGGAUAUGUGUUUGAUUUGGAAGACUUUUUGCUGGGCGCGACACAGUCCUCCGAGACAAAAAACCUGACAUCAAACAGAAGGCCGGUCAUUUUAUCAUGGCCAUUUUCAAAUCUCGUUCAGCUUUGUAUAAAUCACUACAUUGAGAGUGGGCUAUACUCCCUGUUUCCAUUUGCAGAUGUUGUUUCCUUGCAAUUUCUUCUCGAUUCCCAAGUGCUGGAUCAAUCGAAACAUGCCCGUGCAUCCAGUCGUGCUUGCUUGGCAGCGUUCACGGCCAAUAUUACCAUAAUGCAUCGGCACAAACCAGAAUUUUCUGGUGCUAAUCCGGAUGCUUACGCCCAAGCGGCUUUCACCCUCAUACCCCAAAUUAUCACAGAAUUGGCAGAUUUGCGGACUCUGGAAGCAAUUAUGAUGUUGAUCAUCUAUCUUUCGCCUCUUGGCCAGUCCCAACCAAUCGAUCUCUUAUUAGGAAUUGCCAUACAAACUCUAUACAGUCUAGGGGGCCACAAAAAGAAAUCUUCCCAGGGAACAUCGGACCAAGCCUCCAAUGAUCGGCAUUUGCGCGCUCUUUUCUGGCUUUGCUAUGGUAUCGACAGCGAACUCUCGAUUCGAAAUGGUCGCCCACCUUUACUAAAUCAUGACCACUGUGACCUCGAUCUACCCGUCAAUUAUGCCCAAAAGUCCAAAGAGCAACAUUUCUACUGGAAACCUCUGUGUUCCGACGAACUUCUAUACCCGUCAGACCUCCGGUUCAACCUAAUCAAGACCAAAAUAUACGCCAUGCUCUAUUCCGAGAAAAACGCACCGCAGUCGGAGGCGGGAAGAAUACAACUAAUUCGAGAACUGGACAAUGAGUUGAGCGAUCUCAGAUCCGAGUUCCCUGUCAACUGUCGUCCGGAUGUCUUCGCAACUGAAAACACGCCGAAAUAUGUCUUCCACGAUCUCAGCAUACGAGGAGUCAGUAUUCAUCUGGAAUAUUAUUAUUGUCUAGGCCAGAUCCACGGCGCAAAUAAUCCAUACAACAUAUCUGCUGCUGGCUCCCAUUUACCUCUGCCAUCUAGCGCGGAGAUUACUUACGAAGCCGCGCGGUCCACACUGAUCUACAUUGGUCGAGUGAGGCAUUACAUUAAUUAUCACACUUUUUGGAUACAUGCCGAUUUUAUUCUUACGGCUAUUAUCACACUCUUUCGGUUUCUCAUUAUGCGCCCUUCUGCACCAGGCUUCUCCAGGGAUAUCCAAAUUAUGGAAGAAACAGCACAAAUAUUUGCGGAAUUUCUUACUUCUGAUGACCCCGAGCGAAGGGGUUUCUCACCUUUCUACUUGACCCAUAGGUUUAUCAAAUGGUUAGUAUUCCUAGCCCUGGGAUCUCAUUCCAGAUAA